UCGACGGCGCCGCCAGCUAUUCACAGCGAUCGUCGGAUGCUCGGUAUCGUCAGAAUCAUUCGUUUCGACCCAGCUGGUCUUCUCGCCGAGCUAUUCGAUCCGAUCCCCGAUAUCGCCACUCACCUCCUGCCGCUCGGUCCUCUCACCCUUUCCGCGCAAUCGCCUUCGCGACUUGAACCGAACCGCACCGCCUGGCUGAAUCGAAUCGCAACCGCCGCCCAUCAUGUCGUUAGACAUUCCGUCGUCGCCGCCUAGCGAGGCCACCAGCGCUGAAGAUGCCGUCACUUGGUACAAGGCCCAGUAUGAGCAGCUCGAGAUGGAGCUGGCCGAGUUCAGAGACUCCAGCAGGGAGCUUGAGCAGGAACUGGAGAAGGACAUCGAGCGGGCAGAGAAGCAGGAGCGAAUUUUGCAAGAAAAGGCCGAAACGCUCGGUUUUGAGGUCGAGGAGUGGAAGAGAAAGCACAAGGAGUCAAAGACGGAAUCUAGCGCUGCGCAACAUCAGCUCGAGAAGGAAAUCACAACGCUGCGAGACUCGAACCGAACUAUGCAACUGAAGCUGCGGGAUAUCGAAGUCGCCAACGACGACUUUGAGCGACAGGCGCGCAACACCACGUCGUCGCUUGAAGAUAUGGAGUCCAAGUACAACCAGGCCAUUGAGCGCGCUGUCAUGAUGGAGGAGGAGAUUAAGAUGGGCGAACAGGAGCGAGAACAGCUGCGAAUCGAGUCGCAGCGCCUACGAGAUGAGCUGGGCGACCUCAAGAUCGAGGCCGAGCUCCUACAAGACAAGCUCAAGAAGCAAGAGUCGCGCCAUCUCUCUACCAUCUCUACCGAUCUCUCCAUGCUUGGGUCCCCUACCUUCGACAAGGACCUUGACGCCUCACCCGGCUCUACCGCCAGCUCUCCUCUCAUCACUACGCCUCCCGAAGCCAAGUCACCCUUGCCUUCCGACUCCCUCUCCGAUCUGCGCGAACCUCCUUCGCCUCCCAUGUCCGACGCCUCGGCCACCUUGCCCAAGGUCGCAGCUGCGAGGACUCCCGCCCCGAACAAGUCUCGCAAGACCCGCCUUCCCUCUGCCGAAAACAGUAUUACUCCCAAGCCAAGAGCCAAGCCUCCGACUGGAUCUACUCGGGCACCAGGCAGCCGUAUCUCGACUGGCGGUACCACCUUGCGAACUCCGGCGAACCGGAACGUUGGGCCUCGCUCUGCCUCGCACAAGAUCCCAGCCUCCAACUCUCUCGCCCACAUCCGUACUCUCACAGCCCAGAUGCAGCGCCUCGAAGCUCGUGUCCACUCGGUACGGUCCAAGCUUCCUGGGCCGACUUAUACUCCCCCUCGCGCGUCUCCUCGGACGUCCAUUCACGGAAAUCCCCAGGUGCCUUCGACGGUUACGAUCCGGUCUCGAAAGCGCACUAUGGGAUCUGCAGCUUCUUCGGUAGCAGGCUCAGUAGCAGGUGACGACAUGACCCCUACCAACUUCCACUCCUCGACAUCAUCAUCCAAGGGUAGCCAUGUUCCUCGACUGAGUACCUCGGGAGUGAGCCGCCUCUCAUAUGGAACUGGACCCCUACCGAACCGCGGACCAGAUUCAGAGAUCAGCCGGCCUAGUUCGCGGGCUAGUGUCUCGUCGUACGCCCGACCACCAUCCCGAACAGACAUGAUCCCACGCCCAGCAUCUCGAACGUCACUCACGGGAACCCGAACUCCCAUGGGCCGACCGCGGUCAAGUCUCGGGGGCUCGCUCCACAGCCACUCUGCUAGCAUCAGCCAUAUUGAUCUAAUGGAGGAGGACGAGGGCGAGUUCAGGACGCCGAGCCGACGAGGCACAUACUCGAAGCUGGACCUUGAUGCAAGUGCUGGCAGUGCAAUCCCCAUGCCUUCAACUCGGCGUCAGAGCGGUGGCCGACGACCCAGCAACGGCCCUUCAAGAUCAAGUGUAUCCGGACAGAGGAAAUUGAGCGACCUGGGAGAAACAUAUUAAAGCAGUUUUGGUUUCUGUCAGAUACUUUCGCCGUAUCUCCCUGGUUGUUAAUACUCUUUUUUCUCUUUCUGUCUGGAGCGGGCUCUCUGGCUUGGAUUCACCUACGUAUCUGCAUUUUACGGGGGUGGGCAUUUUCAACAGGUGCAU